AAUAUCAAAUUUCGGACAAGUAUACCUUAAGUAUUUACAGUUUAGAUGAGUAGGAUGGGGUGGUAUAGGCGUAUAGGGUUACCCCACAAAAUGUGAAAUGAGUAAAAAACUUGAAAAAUAAUAAAAAUAAUUUUUUUUGAAAAUGUUGUCUGAUAAUAACCUAAAAAUAUGAAAAGAAAUUAUGUGAAAGUUAGGGUUUUCUGAAAUAAAUAGUGGCUUUUUUUAAAUGGAUCACUCCGUAUAGGCGGUUAUAACAAGCGCUCGCUUUUCCUCUGCCGUUCGUGCCCUCUCGUUCCUGUCGUAUCCACCCUUCGCACCUUCUUCAUCAUUCCAUCGUUUCCUACGUUUGCGCCGUUCACCAACACCCGUUCUCGCACACCUCCACCAUCCACACCACCACACCAACCAUUCCCAGCACCAGCACCACCACCAUUACCCACCAACCACCACCAUCACCACCACCACCACUCACACGACCACACGCCGUCGCUUUCUCUUUCGCGCCACUGUUCAUCCCACAGUCCCACCCGACGUCAGAAUUACUGCCAACGUCACCGUCGUCGCGUCGACGCUACUCUCCGCGGAUACCACGGUCAUACCGUCAUCUGCAAAAGCGCGAGCACGACGUCCUUUAAUCGGUCUGACGCGCGCCACAUCGUAAACGCUCGCCGCGCUGCAGCCACUGCCACACUCAGCCACACAUAAUUAUACGUCAAGUGUCGAGGGAAAACUUUAACGGUAAACAUUCGCACGCACGAGCAGUACGCACACAUCGGCCGAUGCAGACGCAACGUUUGACUUUUUCGCGAUAACGCAAUAUAAUAUAGUUUAUAAGAAUGGAGCCACAGUAUCCAGUUACUACAACAUCAACAGCAAUGGACGAAACACUGUUCGAAUAUAAAGGUGGACUAGCAGAUGAUUUGAAGUUUCUUGCAGCUAUCCCAGAAGUGUGUGACGUUACAUUUUUAGUCGGUGAAACACGGGAACCGGUGUGUGCUGUUAAGGCAAUACUCGCGGCAAGAAGCCGAGUGUUUUAUAAAAUGUUAUACGAUACAAAUGGCAAACAACUACAACCCCAACAACACUCAAUCGGAGGUAGUUCAUCAAAACGUAGUGGAGGCUUAAUAAAGCAAUUAUCUGGUGCUGCGGGUGGGAGUCAAAACCCUCAACAACAAAAUCGGUUGAGAAUGUUAUUAAAACGUAGUUCAGAACCUCUGAUUCAACACAAUCAUCAACAGCAGUAUCAAUCACGGCAACAGCAAAAAUCACCACCGAAUAGGAACAGUAUUAAGAACAAUAGCAAAAUGGUGGCUGCCGGAUCCAAUGCAUCAACGUCAUGGUCGAAAUAUAAACGAGGAAGUUCUGUCGGAACUGUAGCGACAUCGAUCAGUAAUGCUGCGAGUGUAACAUCGCCGACAGUGAUAGUAAUCGAAGAAUUCGACGCCGACGUGUUCCGGCAGUUGGUAGAAUAUGUUCACACUGGUUGCGUGACAUUACAACCACGAACGUUACUAGGCGUGUUGAAUGCGGCCGACUGUUACGGACUGGACGAGCUGCGAGCCGCCUGUACGGGUUUUGCCGACACGGGCGGCGGUAUCACCGUGGACACAGCUUGUGCGCUAUUGGCGUCCGCCGAACGUUACAUCCACUACAAAUGCACCAAAUCGUUGGUGCAAAAAGUGCUCGAGUUCGUAGACGAGAACGGCGGACGCGUGCUCACACUUGGAUCGUUCACAUUGUUGCCGCAACACGUGGUCCGACUUAUACUGUCGCGGGACGAGUUACGAGCUGAUGAACUAACAAAAUUUCAGGCUGCGCUGAUGUGGGCGAAGAAAUGUGCCGCUGAUGCUGCCGACAACAACAAUGCUGAUUCCGAGGAUGCAGAUUGGCGUUCUCUGUUCCGGGAACACUUCGCGCCUAUCAUCCAGUAUCACAAGAUCGCAGCGAGUGUAAUUUUAGAAGAAAUAAUGCCGUUGGGCGUGGUUCCUGACCGGGACCUGUUGUCGGCGCUUGCUUAUCAGGCUGACCCGAACAGCGUGCGGUUGGACUCCAUCACCGGGGCCGGCGACCGGGAUCAGUUGCGGUGCGGUCGGCGACGGACGCGGUCCAUGUCAGUGCAGAGCGGUGGUGCGGGCGGUGACGAGGACGACAUGCAGUCGGGCUACCAUCAGGUGAGCGUCGCGGCUGGCCCGUCGAUCACGUCCGUCAUCAGCGGUAUCGGACAUCAGCCACCAGCCACUCCGACCCUGAGCAGUGGCGGCAGUGGUGGCAGCGCGGACGUCGUGGGCCGCCAAAAUCAGCGGCCGCCACCUCCCAGACGCCGGCGGCGCACCUCGUCGUCUGUGCACCAGCACCAUGGACAGCGGCCACAGCAUAAGCACCAGCACCAUCAUCACUAUCACCCGCUCAACCGGCACAAUCUUUCUUCGGACUCGACCAACAGCCGGAGUUGUUGUACGAGCGACGACGAUUCGGCGGACGACUUAACGUCGUCCUAAACGCCCAUGGAUAUAAAAGCGACGACUCACGUGGCGUCAACCGCGGCUUCCCCCAUCAUAAUUAUGAUUUUAUUAUAAUUGUCCUCGCCCCGAAAAUUGCACGGCUCUAAUAUUAUAAUACAUUAAAAAGGACGUCGUGUGCGCAUGUGGCUCCGUCUUGCUAACACAUAAUAAUAUACCUAUACCAAAAUAUACGUUCUUCAAUUCAGUUUUUGUAUGGUGAUCUUAAAUACUAUUAGAGUGAAUUGAUCUAUUAUCAAUUAUCGCUCGUUGCUUUUUGCGAUAUUUUAAUAUUUAAGUGAAUAUUAAAAGCGUUUUUAAAUAUUGACAUUUUACACGCUCAUAAAAAUUGAAAUAUCGUAAGAGAGAACACAGGUAAAAGCUCUUAUACUUUUAAGUUUAAUAACCAGUCAAUGCACUCUAAUAUUUAAGCUAACCACACAAAGUUGAAACAGCUGAACGUACAUUUUGGUAUGUAUACUAUAUAAUAUGUAAUACGCAUUAGUAAGAUGUAAACAACACGUACGGGUAUGAUGUCCUCUGUUGAACGACAGAUGAUGUUCGAAUCUCUAACUUUUAAGACGUCACUUUUUUUUUUUCCAAAAACUUACCUCAUCCGCAUUUAAUAUUUUCGUUAUUUUACGUAUUUUUCAUAUUUAUUAUCAUUAAACACUUAUAAAAAUUGGCUGUCUGAGCGUGAAUAUUUAAAUUAUGCAGUCAGUGGCGUACGCAGAAAUUUCCAAGGGUUAGGACUUAAGAGGGAUUAGACUAGCCCAACCUACAUGCUAUGGGAUUAGAUUUUUGUGAGUAAAAUAAUUAUAUAAAAUUUAAUAAAUUAUCGUUAUGUUAUUCAAAUAUCAAAUGUACAACAAAUAAGGCAAUGUCCGUAUACAUUACGUGACAUGUGUAAUGUGACUCGAAAAGCUGUCGACUGAUUUCGAUAAAAGUUUCAGAGAAGUUAGACUAGAGUAGUUUGGAAUACGUUAAAAAAUAUACCAAGUAUAGUAUCUCGCCAAUCUCGGUAAAAUUAUUUCAGAAAGUAUCAUAGAUACACCGAUGUCAAUUUGCUGAUGAACUGAAAUUAUAAGCACAUAAGCCGAGAUACACUGUGUCGUAUUCUAUAUGUUUGUUCAUUUCUUCCUGGGCGAAGUCGGUUACUGGUUAGCUAUAGUACCUUUCUUAUAAAAAUAAUUUUCACUAUUUUGUGUAGUGGAUUAAGACAACUUCCUCCCUUGAAUAUACGCUACUGUAUGCAGUUGUAGUCAUGGCGAUGGCGGGGUACAGUCGAUAAUUGGCUGUGUAAAAUUGAUCGUUUGGUGAAUUUUUCGUCAAACAAAUUGUUUACCUACAAUUAUUGGUUGUCAAGACGAACAAAAAAAACGUAAUAAAAUGUAUUUAUACCUAUUUCGUAUCAGCAAUAAUUAUACAAUACCUAUACUUUAAAAUUAUUAUAAAUUAUGAAUAAGAAAUAAUAUAUUAUGUAAACUUAUUAUAAUAUCGUUUGGUAAAUUUGUAUUAAUUUUUCUUAAAAAUUAUUUUACGUUAUGAACAAAAUAAUAUUUAUGUUUAUAAAAUAUUAUGAGCUAUCCCUGACAAUUAAUGUUCAUCAAUUAAUGUUGAUGUAUUAAAAUAAUGCUACAAUGCCACAUCGCAAUAUAACAUAAUAUGUAUUAUACAUUAUAAUAUUAUAUAAUAAUGAUUAUUCUACGUAUUCUGUACAUUCUGUUCUUAAACCAGUUAUUUUGACUAAAAGUUCUGCGAAUUAUUUAUACCUGAAAUGUACCAAUUUGUAACGCGACACUAAUUUCAUACGACCAAUUCGUUUAUGUGUAUGUUUUAGUUUAUGUCAAAUUAAUAUAACAUCAUCAGUCAGAAAUUUUAAUUUUUAACAUAAUCGCUCUCCCUCUCCAUUAUCUCGACUGUGUUCUCGCUAAAAAAAGAUUUUAACUCAUAUUGUUGAAUUAAGACAAGGAUUCGAUUGAAAAAUCAAGUAUAAAAAUUAAUUGAUUGUAGCAUCAUCGCACUGUGAAAGUAACAUAAUUGCAUAUUUUAAAAAGAAACAAUAUUGUUAGCUUAUAUAUUAUGUUUGUAAAAAAAUAUAUAUACUUAGAAACCUUUUAAACAUACGUAGUUAAAACUUCUAAAACUUAUCUAACAUUUGUAUUAAUUUUAAUUUUUUUAAUUUUAUGUACCCAAGUAUAAUUAUUAUUUAUUUACCUUGUAUUUCAAAUCCAAAUUAGUAACUGUACCUAUUAUUAAAAAUAAUUAUAGAAAACAAUUUAACAAUGAAUUGUCGCUAAUUGUAAGAAGUUAAUUCAAUAUUCAAUAUUACUAUCGAAUUAAUACAGAAUUUAUUACAGUAUAUCGAUCAAAAGUAAAAUUUAAGUUAUUGAAGGGAAUAUGUUGAAAUAGUGCAUUAGAUGAUGUCGACAAAUAUUUAAAUACCUAUUAAGAUUUGCAUGAAUAUGCAAUAAAAUCCUAGUCUCAAAUAAUAUAUGGUGUAUACGGAUAUUAAUUAUUAAAUUAUGUAGGUAUUAUAAUAUGCUGACUCUUAUAUGAUAUGUUAAGUGUAAUUGCUGUUGUAUUCAUAAAAUAAUAAAAUAGGGUUAAAUUUAUAAUUUAUAUCAUGUACUACUAAAAAGACAAAAAGUGCUUAUAUUGUGCCAUUUAGUAUUUACCGUAUCAAUGUAUCAUAUUACCAUUGAUUAUAGAUAGUAUACUAUGUAUAUAUAUAUAGUAUAGUAUGUAUAAUCAAUGAUAUUACUAUAGACAUUAAGUACCUACAGGUAAACAUAUAGUUGUGUAGUACCUAGUACCUACUUGAACUACUUUUAGAAAACUUAUCUGCAUAUUGAAGAACCA